AUUUAAUCAUUUAUUUUUGUGGAAAAGGUCUAAUUUUCAGAAGCACUAUUUUAAUAUAUUUCUUUUUAUUUUUAGAGAAAGGUAGUAGUGAAGUGUGAGGCCCAAAAAGCCAGACACCGGAGACUUUCUCGCACACAUACACACACUCGUCAAUCUCUCUCUCUUCUUUCUCUCUCUAAGCUGCCGGCGUUAUCAACCAGUCCAAAAACUUUCCAGCAAACCCAUUACUCUGUGCCUAGAUUUAAGCCCUCAUCAUCUCAUAAACCUCAAGAUUUCUCUGUUUUUUCUCCAUCUUCGCCGGCGACCGGCGACCCUUUCCACCGUCGAUCAUUUUCCGGCAUGAUUAUCUUAGAUAGCAGCUGGUUUCUUUGAGCUUCACCGGUAAGGAACCGGUAGCUGGCUUACUAAAACAUCCAAGACUAACUAGUUGACAUCAAUAAAAAAAAAACAAUCUUUACAGCAACCCAGAAAAAAAAUAAAAAAUUCUGCAGAUUUGGAUAAAAUCCUCCACCAUGAACGAUUCCACAAUCUCCGGCGAUUCUCCGACAGGUCCUCCAAAACCAACCGCCAAGAAGAAGCGAAAUCUCCCCGGCAUGCCAGAUCCUGAUGCGGAGGUGGUGGCUCUAUCGCCGAAGACGCUAAUGGCGACGAACAGAUUCGUGUGCGAGAUAUGCAGUAAAGGGUUUCAGAGGGACCAGAAUCUGCAGCUUCACCGGAGGGGCCACAAUCUGCCAUGGAAGCUGAGGCAGAGGUCGAGUAAAGAAGUGAAGAAGAGGGUGUACGUCUGCCCCGAAGAGGGGUGUGUGCACCACGAGCCGUCGCGCGCGUUGGGAGAUUUGACCGGGAUCAAGAAACACUUCUGCAGGAAGCACGGCGAGAAGAAGUGGAAGUGCGACAAGUGCUCCAAGAAGUACGCCGUCCGCUCAGAUUGGAAGGCCCACUCCAAGAUUUGUGGCACCAAAGAGUACAAAUGCGAUUGCGGUACUCUGUUUUCCAGGAGGGAUAGUUUUAUUACACACAGGGCAUUCUGUGAUGCAUUGGCAGAAGAAAGUGCUAAAUCAAAAGCUGAAAACCCUAAUUCUAAUGAAGGUAAAGAUGUUGAAGCAACACCGCCACCAACGCCGCCACCAACAACGGUGGUGCCAUCUGUUUUUCCUCUACAGAAUCCAGAGAUUCUCGAGAGUACGACUCGGUUAUUAGAAGAUGCCACCCCGCCUUCUCUCACAAACUCAACGCAACCAAGUUGCAGUUCCAGCACUAACGGAAGCUCGAGUAGCAACGUAUUCGCCAGUCUGUUCGCUUCGUCCACGUCUUCCGGAACCAUCCAUUCCCGAACAAACGGUUUCGCAAACUUAUUCCAUUCCGGAAACGACCGUAGUGCCCCUCCAUCUUCCGAGCCGAUAUCUCUCUGCUUGUCGUCAACUUUCGGAACAGCCGGCCAAGAACGCAGACAAUACGCCCCCGCACCGCCGCAGCCGGCGGCGGCGGUCAUGUCGGCCACCGCGCUGCUGCAGAAGGCGGCACAAAUGGGGCCCGCUGCAUCGAAUGCGUCGCUCCUCAGGGGUCUAGGGUUGGUUUCAUCGUCUUCUUUGAAUUUGAACUCGAACGGGCCUCGAGAAUGGAGCGGCGGCGGGCCCCACCUCGAGCCCGAUAGUCUCGGCUUGGGAUUGGCUUGUGACGGCGGGUCGGCCGGUUUGAAGGAGUUGAUGUUGAGAACUCCUUCGGUUUUUGGUCCGAAGCACACUACUCUUGAUUUGCUAGGGUUGGGUAUGGCGGCGGCGGCAGCCGGUGGUGGUUCUGGCGGUGGGCUGUCGGCUCUGAUGACGAUGCCGCCGUUCGGUGGUGGUGGUGGAGAAUAUGGUGGCGAAGACAUGCAAUGAAGCUGAUUGCUUUUAGAAAGAAAAGGAAAAACAAAAUUGUCUAAAAAAUGUUAGUAAAUUAUUACAUAAUUGGUAAGAAAAGAAAAGGCAUUAAUCAAAGGAGGCAGAGGAGCAGUUGAGAGACUAUUCAAUGUGUUGUGAUGGAAAUGCCGACCAGGACUUGUUUUUUAUUAUUAUUAUUUUAUUUUUAUAUUUUGGGUCAAAUAUGUUUAGUAAUUUAAAACAUUUGUUAUGUGCCUUUCUAUAAUUAAUGUAUGAAAUGCCUAGCCUGCAAAGUCAAUAUAAUAUGGGAUAUAGUCAAUUCUUUUUAGGUAAUCAUAAUUUUGGUUGUUUAUUUUAAGUGUGGAUCCAGAUCUAGUGUAAAUAAAUUAUCUAGUUGAUUUU